CGCUCCUCAAAGAUCUCGACAUGUCAGGUGUCACUCCAGUGAACCCGAAGCCAUUUCUUCAAGAACUGACGGGCAAGUCUGUCUGCGUACGGCUAAAAUGGGGCCUCGAGUACAAGGGCUUUCUCGUCAGCACUGAUGGAUACAUGAAUCUUCAGUUAGCAAACACUGAAGAGUUUCAAGACGGACAAUCAAACGGCGCUUUGGGCGAGGUGUUCAUUCGGUGUAAUAACGUCUUAUACAUUAGGGAAGCUCCUUCCGACAUAAACAACGAUGACUAGCACAUGUCGGUUCCGUAUUUCUCAUUACUCUUUGUUUCUACGAGCAGCGAGUCGUCAUGUAUAGAGGUAUACUGUACUAUGUCGGGGGUGAGGCGAGAAAAAGCUUUUAAAUCGUGUAUCUGGUGUAUGGCCUACGAGUAGGCGAGGCGCUCAAUAGCAUGCGUGCAAUUCACUACAAACGAAAUCCGC